GGGCAUGGAGCCGGGCCCAGGAGCAGGGGCCGGGCGCCGCGGGGCUGAGGCUCAGUGUCUGGGACGGUCCGGGACGGUCCGGGACGCGAGCCUCCGGCGCUCGGAGCCCAGUUGGCGGUGGCGGCCGCACUGGCGGCCCGGCCUCUGUCCUUGCGGCGCCCGUGCACUCCAGCCCCGGCCCCCUUCCCGCCCGGCCAUGCCGCCGCCCGCGCCGCCCACCGAGCUGGAGCCGUCGGAACGCGCGGUGGUGCUGCUGUCGUGCGUGCUCUCUGCGAUCGGGUCGGGCCUGUUGGUGGCCACGCACGCCCUGUGGCCCGACCUGCGCAGCCGAGCGCGGCGCCUGCUGCUCUUCCUGUCGCUGGCCGACCUUCUCUCGGCCGCCUCCUACUUCUACGGGGUUCUGCAGGACUUUGCGGGCCCCUCGUGGGACUGCGUGCUGCAGGGCGCGCUCUCAACCUUCGCCAAUACCAGUUCCUUCUUCUGGACUGUGGCCAUCGCUCUCUACCUGUACCUCAGCAUCGUCCGCGCCGUGCGCGGACCCCGGGCCGGCCACCUGCUCUGGGCCUUCCACGUCGUCAGGUGGAGAACCUGGGGCACCUUCAGCUUCCUGUGCUUUGCAUCCUCUGCCCAGUGGUGUCCUGCAGCCAGCUGGAAAAUGAAAAUAUCACCCAACGUCGCAUCAUGGAACUGCUUUCUUUGCUACUGGGGGGUCCCGCUGGUCAUCACCGUGGCAGCUGUCAGUCUAAAGAAGAUUGGCUACGACGCCUCGGACGUGUCUGUGGGCUGGUGCUGGAUUGACCUGGAGGCGGAGGACCGCGUGCUGUGGAUGCUGCUGACGGGGAAGCUAUGGGAGAUGCUGGCCUAUGUCACGCUGCCCGUGCUCUACCUCCUCAUCCGGAAGCACAUAAACAGGGCGGUAGGUGACCCCACUGGCUCUCCGAGGCCCCCGGCCCAGAGCUAUGUGGCUACUGCCCAGUGUGGGCUUGCCCCUGGGUCCUGGCCUUGGGGUCGGCCACCUUAG